AUGGAUGCAGCCGAAGACCGGGAUUUAAAACUCCAGCGAGCAUCCAGUGAUCUAGUUACGGAGUUCUCAGCAAAGCUGCCGUCGCUGCUGUGGAGAGCCCAACAUGGAACCCCUCUCUGUACCCCACGCAAAUGGGCGCCAGUAGGCAAGACAGAGAAGCUUGUCAGCCUUCUCGAACCUUUUCAAGAAUGGCCCCAGCUGCUAGACCCGCAUCUGCACCAGCUUCUGCCUCCUUUAGUGGAUGCGUUUCUGGCUUACUUGCUGAAGCACCGUGGCCAGUAUACUUCGAAGGCAGCGAGGAACCCACAAGGCGCUGCUCUUUAUCCCCUCCCAAGAGCCAUCUGCAGAUUACUCUAUACUUUCUGCAAAGUCCGAGGUGUCAAGGUGAUCAGUCGGUUCUUGAACAACGAACCCAAGUACCUUGAUUCGAUGCUACGUGCUUUCAUUGAAUGGGACUCAGUUAGCACGUCCGACACAGCAGAGGAUCUGGCGGAAGUUGAGCCCCAGACGCUGCAGUGGGAAGAGCGUUAUGUGAUGCUAGUUUGGCUGUCGCAUCUCCUUUUCGCGCCCUUUGACCUGUCUUCGCUAUCAUCUGAUGACAUUCCAGUUCCCUACAAAAACCUGAAACAACUUGGUGAGCUUUCUUCACAGACUCCAAUGGUUGCGAGGUCGCUUCUUUCCCUGGCGUUGCAUUACAUAAAUGCCUCUGGCAAGGAGCGUGAAGCAGCAACUGCUCUUUUGGCACGACUCGUCUUGCGGGGAGACAUGCAAAAGCUCGGACUUCUCACGGGCUUGACGGAAUGGGCCUUCGCUACAAUCCAACCCGCUGCUAACACGGAAGUGCCGUCUGUCUACUCGUGUAUCGGCAUCCUUUCUUUUAUUGCCCGUCUAGCUGGGUCGGGCCAGAUUGAGGAUUUCGCUCCUUUGCUUGGAAGCGUCUUCGUUCAAACCCUCAAGGUUUCCCAGGGACAAUCGGAAGUGUCCUCCAUUAUCCAGGCCUCUGCCUUGGCUAGAAAGACCGUGGUCAAGAUCCUUCGCAAUAUCACAGUCAUGGCCUUAUCACUUAGCGAGCGGGAAGAUAGCGUCAUGACCGAUGAUCAGUUAACGAGCAUUCUAGAAGAUGCAAUUGAUCAUUUCCUCGUCUCAUUGGCGGACAAGGAUACACCUGUGCGACUUGCUGCGAGCAAAGCUCUCAGUGUGAUCACAUUGAAGUUGGAUCUGGACAUGGGAGCUGAGGUUAUCGAGGCUGUCAUUGGCUCGCUCGGAGAAAACAUACUCUAUGAAAAAGAAGACGGCUCUUUGGUGACACCAUUCGAGGCACUGAAAACAGGCAUCAAAUCUUUCAAGCGCAACCUCAGUGCCGUUGAUGCACAACGAUGGCAUGGUCUGAUUCUUACACUGUCGCAUCUCCUUUUCCGCCGCGCGCCUCCACUCCAGCAACUUCCUGAUAUUCUUCAUUCUCUUGUGCUGGGCCUCUGUUUUGAGCAAAGGUCAUUCACUGGCAGUUCUGUGGGAACUGGUGUGCGAGACGCUGCAUGCUUCGGCAUCUGGGCCUUAUCUCGGAAGUAUGCAACUUCAGAACUGCAGGCAUUGCCCGCGCAGAUCAUACCUUCACUUUCUGGGAUGAGUGAGGUGGAUGUUCUACAGAAGUUGGCCGUUGAGCUCGUCUGUUCGGCUUGUGUAGAUCCCUCUGGAAACAUUCGACGAGGGGCUUCUGCCGCCUUACAAGAAUUGAUUGGCCGUCACCCCAACACCAUCACCGAAGGUAUUCCUCUGGUGCAGGUCGUGGACUACCAUGCUGUUGCACGACGCUCACGCGCUAUGAUUGACGUGGCGAAAGCAACAGCUUCUCUGAAUUCAAUGUACUGGAGUCCACUUGUGGAUGCUCUGAUGAACUGGCGAGGAAUCGGUUCUCCCGACGCCGAAUCUAGAAGACAAGCAGCAAAAUCAAUGGGAUCAUUGAGCGCACAAGAAGGUCUCAAGACGAUGACCGUAGUGUUGCAACGGCUUUUGCAUAGGCUUCCAUGUAUCCCUCGAAGUGACGUGGAGUCGCGACACGGUUGUCUCCUGUCUAUUGCAGCUACAGUGGAUGCUUAUAUCCGAGAGCUGGAACUAUCGCCGGAGAAGAGAGAUACACCUGAAGGGAAGGAAGUCUCUUCCCAGGUGGCCAAAAUAUGGGGCAUCUUUGAGUCUCCAUCUGGCCCUACCGACAAUGACUUGACUUUCCGGAAUUCCCGCCCUGAAUUGACAGCAGAGGCAUCCUCCUGUCUGAUUGCAUCGCUUUCUAGAUCAACGGUCUCAGUCGACCUUGACCGGCCCUCGGAUGCAGUGCUCGAUCGAGUCUUACGUGUUCUUUCGCUGUGUGUUUCUCGGAGUGAUGAUAUUUCGAUCGAAACAUCGUCGGACGCUUUAUCCACGCUUUUUCCGCUCCUGACGCCGCUCAAGCAGCAGGGGAUAGUGGAUGCAUGGUUCUCUCAUCUCCACACUUCGUCGAGGCUGCCAAGUGGCCGUGGUCAGAUUUUGGCUCUCGGUGCGGUCUUCAAUCAAUUCCAAGGGUGCGAUUAUCUACAAGACAGUAUCAUUACGGAAGUGCUUCGGUGUGCAGGAAAAGAGGAGUUGAUUGAAAAACGAGUAGCCGCAGUAAAAUGCUUGGCUACCAAAAUUUUACCAUACACAAUUGCCACAGCCACAUUGGCUAAUAGUAUAAUUGAUUUCCUCAACGACUACACCACAGACAGACGAGGCGACAUCGGAUCUCUCAUCCGAGUGGAAGCAAUUGUGGCUGCAGGUAUCAUUUUGAAGCAGGAGUCCAGGCCCCAAUCGCGUUCAACAAUGGUCCAAGAUUUAGUCGGCUGUCUUUGUCGCCUCGCGUCUGAAAAGCUGGACAAAGUCAGGCUACAAGCAUGGCUCUAUCUACAAAGCUUCUGGGAAUCGGCAGGGCUCUCAGUUGCAUUGGAAAGGUAUUUGAUCCGUGCUCAUAUCUGUCCAGCCAGUACUAAUAAGAGCAGGAGAUACGAUCAUUUCAGCCAUGUUUCGUCGAAAGAAUACUUUGACCAAUUGCUGACCCUCUACGACGUCCAAUGGUUGCGUCUGCCAUUGUUACAGGGACUGGCAACCUCUGCAGUUGCAGGCACCGAGGGUCUCGUUCGAGCAUCUCGUUCUGCUUUGAUCCAGUUCAUCAACUCUCGUGAAGCUUUCCAACGCCAGGUCCUCUUGGUUGAUAUGCUACGAGUAUUGUCGAGAAUUCUGAAUGACAACAUGCAAGACGACCGUUACGCCAUUCCCACCAUUGAGUUCCUUGCAUUCCUGAUAGACAGCUAUGCCGUUAUUGGAGAUGAUUUAGACCCGGCUUUCCGCAAUGCUUUUGUCGUGGUCCAGCUAGCACAUUUCCGGUCGUCGAAUAUUGCCCGCUUGGAAGCAGCCAUCAAGGUUUAUGCGUCUGUAGCGAGACUUGAGCCUUUACGCAAUGGUGUUUUGAAGAAGAUGACUGGGUUUUUGAUACAUCCUUUCCCGAAAGUUCGAGCCAGUGCUGCAGAGCACCUGUUUGCCGUGACAGAGUCAGACUUAGUUAAGUAUGAUGAUUGGUCCGCACAGCCCAUACAGUUAAAGGAAAAGAUGGAAAGUGUGAGAAGUGCGCUGGCUGUUAAGUAG